CACCAGUUACUUUCUGAUGAAAAGAAACGUUUAUUUUUAUGCCGUUUGUAAAAAAUCUAAUCACUAUGCUCAUGAAUAAGAGAACGGUUUACAUUGUUCAGGAUUGUGUGUAAGCCAGUUUUGCUUCAGAUAUACUAUUCACUAAACAGCAGCCAAUUAGAAAACUCUGAAUCCUCCUAAAUUUAUUGGUCGCUAACAGUGCAUCAAAGGGUCAUAAGCAAGUCAUCGGAGUAGAAUACUGCGAUGUUGACUAUGGCGAUUUAUAGCAUAGCGGAGUAGCUUACUGUCCAAACUAACUACAUUAAGAUUACUCUCACUCAAGCCGGACACAAGAUCUCAGGCUUUCAUCUAAAAAAGUGAGGCUGGUUGACAAACAGAACCAAAACAGUAUGACAGCACUGCCUAUGUGGAUUUGUUUCACUGAGGGUGGCAGAUUAAUGUGCCAUUUCACUGUUGAAAGUUCCAUAACAACGCUUAAAUUUAUACAACCAAUUUGGAUGAGGGUUAUACGACCGCUGGAUCUAAUAGUUACAACUAUAGGAAGUGAUUUUGAAACAUUUAUCAAUCCAUCUCAUUUAGGCAGGGAGGAGAAGGUCCACAAAAUGUUCUACUUCAGUGUUAGAAAAUCAUUCCUCUUAAAUCAAACUACAGUUCAGUUACUUCAAACUACGCCACAGUACAGAUAUAGCAGAAGAGUGCUAUGGAAUAACGUGUCACGAUCUAGCAAAGAGUUACUAGUCAAUCAAAAGACACCAUUGUACUAUCAGCCUACAUUUCAAUGGGGAGGUAUUACAGUGUGCAGAAAUAUUGACAAAACCUUCAUAAGAAGUUUAAUAUGCCUCAUGACUUUUUUCCACCAACCGCUUUGCUUCGAAGUCUCGGGAAAAUACACUUGAAUCAACAUUUAAGUAUCAUACUGGUUGAAGAGAUGAAAAAUCAAUCGGAUUUAAAUGUAGUAGGCCUGGAAAUA